UCUCUCUCCUCUUAUCUAUUAUAGUAACAAUUAUCACACUGCCCCCUCAAGCUUCGACUCUUUAUCUUUCAUUCACGCACGUAAACAUUUUCGGAUUUUCCUCUCUAUCUUUUAUGAUUUUUGGUCAGUUUUUCUUGAUCUUUUUGUUCGGUAGCCCACAUAUUUCUAUGGUAAAUAGAUCUCAGAAAGUUUUUGGAGUGCUAUGAAUAGUAGUAAAACAGGGAUUGUUCAAGAGAUUAGCGUGACCCUUUAAGGUUUUAGAAGUUUGAUUCUUGAAAUUACUUCUCAUGGCCGGCAUUAAUGAAGUAAACGUUAGUGAAUCAAAGGUGGUUCCACUGAAUACAUGGAUUCUUAUAUCCAAUUUCAAGCUUUCUUACAACAUGCUUCGCCGUCCAGAUGGCACAUUUAACCGUGAUUUAGCUGAGUUUCUUGAUCGAAAAGUCUCUGCUAAUGUGAAUCCUGUAGAUGGGGUUUACUCUUUCGAUGAAGUAGGUGGAGCGACGGGCCUUUUCAACCGGGUUUACUUGUCUUCCCUUGCGAAUGAGGCUCAAUGGCGGAUUUUAGAAGUUGAAAAACCACUGAGUACUAAUGAAAUUGUUCCUGUAAUUCUGUUCUUCCAUGGGGGUAGCUUUACUCAUUCUUCGGCCAAUAGUGCCAUUUACGAUACAUUUUGUCGUCGCCUUGUCAACAUUUGCAAAGCUGCUGUGGUAUCUGUGAAUUAUCGCCGAUCGCCUGAACAUCGGUACCCUUGUGCGUAUGAUGAUGGGUGGGCAGCUGUUAAGUGGGUUCACUCUAGACCAUGGCUAAGGAGUGGGACGGAGUCGAAGGUUCACUUAUAUUUGGCUGGAGAUAGCUCGGGUGGGAAUAUAGCGCACCAUGUUGCUGCACGAGCUGCUGAAGAGGGUGUUGAAGUAUUGGGUAAUAUGCUUCUUCAUCCGAUGUUUGGUGGACAAGAGAGAAAGGAAUCAGAGAAAAGAUUGGACGGGAAAUACUUUGUAACGGUUCGAGACAGGGAUUGGUACUGGAGAGCCUUUUUACCAGAAGGAGAAGAUCGAGACCAUCCGGCCUGUAACAUAUUUGGCCCUAGGGGUAAAAGCAUUAAGGGACUUAAUUUUCCGAAAAGCUUAGUGGUUGUAGCCGGGUUGGAUCUUGUUAAGGACUGGCAAUUGGAUUAUGUUGAAGGGCUUAAGAAAUCUGGGCAUGAAGUAAAACUCCUCUAUCUUGAAAAGGCAACAAUUGGAUUCUACUUCUUGCCAAAUAACGAGCAUUUCCAUUGCCUCAUAGACGAGAUCAAGAGCUUCAUCCAUCCUUAACUGUUAAUACAUAUUUACAAAACUUCAAUUAAACGCAGCUAUUUAUACAUAACAGAAUCUCAAUAUUUUACUCGGGGAUCCAUUUUCCCCCUCUUUUAGCAGGUGUGUAGUUAUAUGAUGUGUAGGGUUAUUUCAAUGUUAACUUGUCGUUGCUUAUGGAAAUGAGAUUUUGCAUCUUAAGAUGAACCAUCUCCAUCCGAAGGUCAUUGCCUUUGUUUUGUGGUUUAGAAACACAUUCCAUAUCGGAAGUUCACAUAUCUUUGUACUGCAGAAAAGUAACUUAUCCUUGUGGGUUUGGCAGAGAAAGCACUUUGAUUUUGUUCACAAAACAUCUGGUAAAAGAGGAAUUGUAAGUAUUACUGUGGUGUGUUUUAUACCUGUGCUCUAUAAAUAUAUGAAACUCAGUUUUUUUA